AUGCCGACUUUGGAAAUUGCUUUGCUGAGCGGCCGCAGCUGCUGCUUGACUGUGGAGCCUGAAGAGACUAUCUGGGCCUUGAGGGACCGUGCGCAGAAGGAGCUGGGUGUUGGAAUUUCGGUCUGGCUCAACUCGCGGACUGGCAAAGCCUUGAAAAGGUUCUCCACCGUGGCUGCCGAAGGCCUCCAGGACGGAGACCUGGUGACGGCCAGCGCGCGCCAGGCGAAGCUGACGUCCAACCACCGAUUCUCUCGCGUCUUGGCUUUGAUUCGACCAAAUGGGUCAGUUGUCACAUGGGGUCAUCCUCAAGGUGGAGGUGACUCUGAACUGGUUCAACGUACCCUGGCGCUUCGAGAUGUGAUACAGAUUCAGGCCACGGCGAGCGCCUGUGCAGCUCUCCGCGAUGAUGGCACAGUGGUAACAUGGGGCCGGAAACGUUUCGGGGGCGACAGCCUUUGGGUUCAAGGGCAGCUCCGAGAGAUCCAGAAGAUCCAGGCAACCUCGGGCGCCUUCUGCGCACUACGUGCCGAUGGGAGCACUGUGGCUUGGGGAUCGGUCCGCCAUGGGGGCGACAGCAAGGUGCAGCUGGCAAAUGUGAAGGACAUUGUGGCCACUCAAGGCGCCUUCGGAGCUUUGCAGGCUGAUGGCCAUGUGAUCACUUGGGGCCGACAUCGAGCAGGUGGAAAUGCUGAGCUGUGCGAUGUUGAGCUUCUGUGCGCUGCUGCCUUCUCCUUUGCGGCUUUGCGCUCUGACGGCCUGGUCCAGCUUUUGGGCGCGCCAAGUGCUGUGGACUUGGGAGAGGUGUCGAGCCUGGUGGCCUCGGCCGAGACCUUCGCCGCCUUGCGAAAGGAUGGGAGCGUUGCACUGGUGACUGCUCAGAACAGUGAGACUGUAAGACUACUUGAAACAAAGUAUGCUCUUCGCGAGAUUUGCACCUCUGCCUUUGCCUUUGCGGGCAUCACGAAUGAGAGCACGGUGGUUGCUUGGGGUGCUCCCGAGUUUGGUGGAGACUCGAGUGGUGUGGAAGCGCAGCUGAAGGAGGUGAAGCAGAUUUGCGCCACGGAAUCGGGCUUUGCUGCCCUACGGCAGGAUGGCCUUGUGGUGAGCUGGGGGACAAAAGGUGGAGAUAGCCAAGAGGUGCGACAUUUGCUGAAGGAUAUUCAGCAAAUUGAGAGCAGCAGCGGUGCUUUCGCAGCUAUUCGGGCUGAUGGCUUGGUCGUGACUUGGGGCCAAGCAGAUGCAGGUGGUUCGCCCAAUGGAAGGGUGAAAGAGCAACUCCGGAAUGUGCACGAGCUGUAA